AUGAGGACAUCUUUUCAAAACUGUCGGGAAGCAAGGUGUUCAGCAUCAUCGACUUGUCUGACGCCUAUCUUCAGGUCGAGGUCGACGACGAUUCGAAGCGGAUGCUGCGAUAAACACACACCAUUCCAGUUCAACCGUUUGCCCCUGGGAGUGAAAUCCACGCCAGGAGCCUUCCAACAGCUCAUGAGCAAAAUCAUUGCUGGUCUGGAAGGGGUGGACAGUUUUCUCGAUGACUUCACCAUCUACAGCGCUAGUCGAGAACAGCACGAUCGCAUUCUGGAGGAGCUCUUCCAGGACUACGGUUUCCACCUGCGGCGGAAAAGUGACGUCAGUGAGCUCAGGUCGUUUCUCGGAGCAGCAAAUUUCUACGGAAAGUUCGUUCGGGAAAUUCAUCGCAUCCGUCAACCCCUCGAUGAUCUUCUGAAAAAGGACAAGAAGUUUGUGUGGAGUGCACAGUGCUACGAAGCUUUCGAAACCAUCAAGAAUGUGAUGCAGUCAGACCUGUUACUCACCCACUACAAUCCAUCACUAGAGCUUAUUGCGGCGGGUGACCCUUCGAAAACAGGAGUAGACGCAGUAAUCACGCAUCUCUUUCCGGAUGGCCAGCUCAAAGCGAUUGCGCAUGCUUCGAAAUCAUUGACCAGCACGGAACAAAUCUACAGUCAGGUCGAAAAAGAAGCCCUUGCCCUGGUUUUCGCAGUAACGAAGUUUCGCAUACACACCGCCUAUCGACUCCAAUGGUGGGCUCUAUCGCUGCUGGGAUUCGAUUUCAACGUGGAAUACAUCUCUACAGACAAGUUGGGCUACGCAGAUGUGCUUUCAAGGCUGAUCAGCAAUCAUCAGAAGCCGGAGGAAGAGUAUGUUGUCGCGUCGAUCAGUCUGGAAGAGGAUGUCAACGAGAGUCUUGAAGAUUGCUUCACAUCCCUGCCAGUGAACUUCAAGAUGUUCAUCGACAAUGGUUGGCCUCGUAAGAUUGAAGAUCCAAAACUCAAAGCUUUCCACUCUCGCCGUGAGUCUCUAUCAGUGGUCAACGGAUGCAUCAUGAUGGAGGACCAUGUAGUUGUAGCGGAGUUCUACAGUCAGCGGAUACUGAGACAGCUUCACUGGGGUCACCAAGGCAUGGAGAGAAUGAAGGCUAUUGCUCGCAGUGGGGUAUAUUGGCCGAACAUCGACAACGACAUUCAGGAUCUUGUUCGUCGAUGCGACAUCUGUGCGAGUGCAGCCAAGUUUCCACCACACUUCCAACCUCAACCGAGGCCGCGAACAGAUGGACCUUGGAAGAGGAUUCACUUGGAUUAUGCAGGUCCGCUUGAAGCUGCUACUAUCAGAUUCCUUCUGGAAACCUUCGCCAGAUUCGGUAUUCCGGAGACACUAAUCACCGACAGUGGAACGCAGUUCUGUAGCAGCGAGUUCAAGAAGAUGUGUGAGCAGCUAGGUAUCAUCCACAUUCGUACCGCUCCAUAUCAUCCUCAGUCGAAUGGACAAGCGGAGCGGUUCGUAGACACGCUGAAACGAUCGCUCCGAAAAAUCGGAGAGGGGGUAGAAGUACCGUCUGCCGAAGCUCUUCAAACCUUUCUUCAGGUGUGCCGUUCUACACCCAGUGCAACGCUUGCUGGGUAG